AUGCAGCCUCUAAAACGUUUCACACAAUGCGGCAGCCUGACAAUGCUGUUUGGUGUGUUCAUUGUACUCUUCGGGGUCAGUUCGACAGCUUUGACAACAUUUGGCAAGACGAAUAGUGACAAACCAACACCAACGCCAAUAAUCAAAGGCAAGGAGUGCAAUACUCAUGAGGAAUGUGUAACGAUAGAUAAGACCAGCUGUGUUAAGGAUCCCAACGACUACAAGCACCGAUGUCUGUGCGGUGAUGAUUCGGCGCCGGUUAAUGGACAAUGCCCGGAUGUGCUAAAAGGUUUGCGCCACAAAUGCACCAGCAGCAACGAGUGUGAAGAUGGUUUGGUUUGUCAUUUUGAAAGUGUCAAUCGCACAAUUGGUGUGGCUAAAUUCAUUUCCAAAACUAAGAUUUGCCUCUGCGACAAUGAAAAUGGAUAUUUCGAAGAUGUUUUGAAGGAUAUUUGCAGUGGCGCUUCACUACAAAUAAUGGCAAAUAUUUUGUUGUCCCUACUGUCAACUGUAGCGCCAUUCAUUGUCUACGCACGGAUGAAGCCGCAUUUUUAAAUAUAUCAACAGCAAGCGCAUCUGUUUAUCACCGGUGCGUGAUUAUGCUUAGUCAUAAUAAAUGUAUUGUCAAUUAACAUUAUACAUUUUUAGUUCGUAUUUGUAAAAACAGAAAUUCAUAAAAAUUAUGUAGCAUUAGAAAAAAAAAGAAUUGUGAGUUUUAUGCAUAUCGGAAGUUAUCUUCAAUUAGUUAUUUUUCCACAAAUUUAAGCCUUUAGACGUAUUUUAUUGAA